GCCUUUGAUAUCAAUCAACCGUCACUAUCGAUACUACUGAGAUUAGCUUCAGCGUGCUUUUUUGGGUCUUUGCCUACGUCUUUCUCUCGUCUAACGGUCUCUGCGAUUAAUACACUUCCCUUUAUACAUCAUCUAAUUAAGAUGGAUUUACCUCCACUAUCCAAGGAACAACUUUCCGCAGUGCUCAAAUCUAGUCGUUCACCAACAGAGCUCUACGAUGCUUUGGUGGAGUACGAGGGCGAGGCUUGUUUAAUGUCAACAACUGAUAGCAAUGUAUCGGAGCUCCUCAGUCUAUUCUACUCGAUUUUUUUCUUUGCACACCUUCUGACAGAUCAAAUAUAUGAAGCUCGCGCGAUGACUCAACGAAUGCCACAAGAGCUGUCUCAAAAUGAUCCAUCGCUCCAGAAUUGUCUGACUCUCCUACGGGCUGUUUGGCAGAGGAAAUAUGAGUCAAUCUACAAAAUCCUAAGAGAGCUACCCUGGCCAGAGCUCCUGCGCCCGGCGGUAGAAAGCUACGAGACAUAUUUUCAAGAGAAAACAUUGAAAGAAGUCAGCCAUGCCUACGAAGCGAUACGGCCUGCGACGGCUGCAAAUUAUCUCGGUCUCGAUACUGCUGCAGCAGAGCAGGGCGACCCCGCAGUGAUACAGAAAUUCACUGCAGUUGGGUGGGUAUGGGAUGAAAGCACAAGAUUAUUACACCCUAAGCCAAUCCCCACAGCACCAGAAAAGGACACUCGGUUAUACGAUGAAGUGAGCCAGAUUAUGGCGUUGAUUGGGAAGCAUGGGGGCUAAAGGUGGACAAUUCGGACAUGACAUCGCUUUAGAAACCCGGAAGAUCCGACUAAAUAAACGAAGAGGAGCUGAGAUGGCUACGCAACAAUAGACCUCCAAGUCCGUUUAAUGGCGGAAACGUCUGAUGAGCAAUGAUAAGAGUAUCACCCCACCCAAGGGCGCACACAGUACAAGGGAUCAGCAGUGACACCAAAGCGA